GUUUCUCCGCACGGAACUGUCCUUUCAACUACGUGUAAACUUAAUUAAGGGAGCUAACGGCAGCCCCAUUCUUUUAUACUAAAUACAUUUUUGAUAAUCUAAUUUAACAUACAUCUGGUACAUACAUAUAGCUGGUUUGAGUGCUAUAUUGUUUACUCCUAUUUAGCCAAUCUUUCACAGCUCUCAUUAAGCGUUUUUUUUCAAUUUUAUAGAGCUAUAUCAUUACUAUAUACUACAUCACUAUAUAAGUACGGUUCUUGGCUAGCAACUACAUUAAGCCACCAUUACAGACGACGAAAACAGUGUCUGGAGUCUGAAGAUCAACAAGUACGUACGGACGAUUUUGGGUCGACCGAAUCCAUAAUGCAUAGCUACAACGGCUACAGCAUCAGUGCCACGGCACCUACGUCAUCCUCUCGCCAUCGAUAUCGGUGGCCCGAAAAUCGAACCGGCCGAAAAAUAGUCCUAGAAUUUCCGGCACUGGAGGUGACUAAGCCCGUCUUACCGGUGCACAGAAGUAGGUUCCAGAGGCAGCAGACAACGAAUCGUAAAAAUGGACAAGAAACAACAAAAAAAAAACCCACCACAAAACCCCGUAAACCAAUCAGAUCCCGUGCGGUCCGCUGGCACGAAGACGAGCUCACGCUUGCUUAUGGAUGGUUCGUCCUGCUCGUUCUUGCAUGCGGCUGCGAAGCGAGCGCAGCAUCCAUUUGCAUACCAUCUGCAGUAUAAAAGGGUGCCGGAUCGAUCGAGGAGCGUAUCAAAUCGAUUCGAAAGCUUCUACCGUGCACAGCAGCAGCAUCCCGUUCUCGUAGCAUUUCGUUCGAGAUCCUGUGUCACCGUGUGCCUUCGAAAGCGGUGUGCGUACACGUGAAUCCGUAGUGUCCUGUGGUGUUCGUGCGUGUGCUCGGAAGUGAUUCGUGCAAGGGAGUGAUCUGCAAUUACUAGCCUACUGCCGCUACUACCGAUAAAUACUGCUUCAGCAUGGAUCGUGUAAGCGUUACACUGUUAAGCUCCAGCAGCACAGCUUACCUGAUGGUGAGCUGCUUUCUGCUGACACUGCUGAUGCUGCUUCCCGAGCUGAAGCAGAAAGUGUUUGUACGCAGUGAGUUGUUGCUGGCCCUCCGACAGCUGAUCACCAGUGUCGCGCUCACGUUCAAAUCGGACGAAGUAAUGGAGGGCGAGCGCUCGGACAAGCAGGCGCCCGGUCCCAAAAACUAUCCAAUCAUCGGUGCGCUCAAGGAGCUGAAUGGAUACGAGGUACCGUACCAGGCGUUCAGCGAUUUUGGCGUGCGAUACGGACCCGUCACAGCGCUGCGCCUCGGCUCGGUGAAUGCGGUCGUCGUGAAUGGAUUCGACAACAUCAGGGAGGUGCUGAUCAACAAGGGUCAGCACUUUGAUAGCCGGCCCAACUUCCGCCGCUACCAGCUGUUGUUUUCCGGCAACAAGGAAAACUCACUUGCCUUCUGUGACUGGUCGGAGGUACAGAAAGCCCGCCGUGAUAUGCUCGUUCCGCACACCUUCCCGCGUAACUAUAGUGGCCGCUUCGAUGAGCUAAACACGAUCGUGGUAGACGAAAUCAGCCAAAUGCUUGGCACGGUCCAGCAAGCUACCACCGUCGAAAUUAAGCCGCUGGUGCUCGCGAUCUGCGCUAAUGCAUUCUCGCAGUACUUUGGCAGCCAUCGAUUCGAGGUACAGGACAAGCGCUUCCAGCAGCUGGUGCGUAACUUCGAUCAGAUCUUCUAUGAAGUCAACCAGGGUUAUGCGGCCGACUUUCUGCCCUUCCUGCUGCCCCUGCAUCGUCAGAACCUGCGGCGUAUGGACCGUCUGGCGGAAGAGAUUCGCACCAUCAUUCUGGACACGAUCAUUGGCGAUCGGUACGAGCGGUGGGGUGAAGGCAGCGAGCCCCGCGAUUACGUUGACAGUCUGAUCGAGCACGUCAAGGCAGGUCGCGGUCCGGCGCUCGAGUGGGAGACGGCACUGUUCGCACUGGAAGACAUUGUCGGCGGACAUUCGGCCGUCGGUAACUUCCUGGUGAAGGCGUUCGGGUACAUCGUGCAGCACCCGGAGGUGCAGCAGCGUAUCCAGGCCGAAGCCGACGAGGUACUGGAGCGCCACGGGCGGCAGGUGAUCGAGCUGACCGAUCGGGCCGAGAUGCCGUACACGGAAGCGGUCAUCAUGGAGGCGCUACGCCUGAUUGCGUCCCCGAUCGUGCCACACGUUGCCAACCAGGACAGCCAGAUUGGAGGUUUCGCCGUGGCCAAGGAUACGCUCAUCUUCCUGAACAACUACGACCUCAGCAUGUCGCCGCAGCUCUGGGACGCACCGGAGAGCUUCCGACCGGAGCGCUUCCUGCAGCACGGCCGUGUGGUGAAGCCCGACUACUUCAUCCCGUUCGGUGCCGGGCGGCGCUCGUGCAUGGGCUACCGGAUGACGCAACUGCUCAGCUUCUCCAUCAUUGCGAACAUGCUGCGGGCGUACACGAUCGCACCGAUCGACGGACAUGACUACCGUGUUCCGGUUGGAUCGUUGGCAAUGCCCGAGCAGUCCUACAGCUUCAGCGUGUCGGCACGCAGCUGCUGAGUGGCAGUCUGAAGAUGUCUACUACUGCUGCUGCUACUACUGCUAUCCCUGCUACUAGACGGCCCAUCCAAUACUCAAAACAAAAGAAAGCCCGACAGUUUGGUCGAUUGAAAGCAGUAGAAAGGCCACGGAAACGGGACGCCUCAUCCGGGGAAGAAAACAAAACCAGACGCUUACUGGGGGAUUUCUGUACUAUCGACGACACAGAACUGAUAAGUCGCCGAGUAGAAGAAACCACCCGCUGGGACCGGAUGUUGCAGCUCGAGGUCACGGACACGGACGGUUUGCAGCGCACACAAGCGGGAUCGAUCGAGGUUGCAUUGUGAAAUUAUGUUAGUAUUUUUUUUUACUUUUACUUGUACUACUUCCACUCCAUUGCGUGUAUUUAUAUUGCUCAUGUGUGUAUAUUACGAGUUGCGAGCGGUGCGCACAGGUGCACUUUGCAGCACAAGUGCUAGUGCUCACCAUUUGUUACAUUGCCAUUGCUUUGCUGUGAUGUAGUAGAGAGAACAGGUCCCCCGGCUCCUUGGGCAGAGUGUAUCUGAUCAGGGGCGGAAACAAUGCAAGGGGUUUGUGGGGAGAGAAAACGGUAGGAUUAGAGUAGCAAGCUGAGCUGAGUAGGAUCUGGUCGCUUGGGCGGCAUGGACUAACCGCCAUGGAAUGGGGAUCCUACGGGCUCAGCAACAAACUGAUUAGCGUGUAAGAAUAGGCUGAUGAAAACGGAGUGACUGAGUGUUGCAGUGCGUGAAACAGAAUCUGACUCCCUACUGCCCUACAUACCAUGGCCACGGCCACCAUAGCACACGCAAAACAGAGCCACCCACUUUCUCUAGAUAAUCCGGUAUGACUGCCAAAGAACUGGAAAGCCUGCUGACAGACCAUGAUAUUGUUUGCGAUACAUUAGCGUAACCAUAACCAGGAAGUCGGCAACCAUUGCUCACACACAACGGCACAAGGUGGAUCGUCCGAUCGGACCAUUGAACGCCAUCAGUAAUGUUAUUUCAGUUAGGAAAUGCUAGAACAAAUGUAUCAUCCUUAGAAUAAUAAAAGUGAU